AUGAUAAUCGGUAUUCGUACCUCAACGACUUUCUUUGCCUUCAUUCUCCUCUUCAUUGCAAUUCCCCUCACUUUUGCUGAAAAGCAAAAUCGUGCAAAACGCUUUGCUGCAUUUGGUUCUUUGGCUACAAUUGGGGGAAAAGUUGGAUGUGUUGUUUCGCAAAACAAAUUAUUUAUUAAUGGACAUUUUGUAAAAGAUUUGGAUGUUGAUGAACAGAGUGAAUUAAAGGAUUAUCAACCAAGUUUCUGUUCAGACAAAGCAACAACCCAAUAUAUUUUCGAUGGAUGCUCAGUACAAGGAGACAAUAUUUAUAUUGGUGAUACUUUUGUACGUAAAUUAACUGCAGAUGAGCAACGCGAAUUGGAACAAUUUGAUGCCAAAUUUAGUACCUACCAAAAGGCUGCCACAGCUGAUUUCCGUAAAAAAGUCCAAUCAGCAUUUGGUGAACAUUUUGGAUCAUUAUUUGGUGGAUUUAUAGGAGGAGGUGGAAGUGAGGAUGAAAAAGAAAAUGACAAUUCUGGUGGAAGUUCUCUUGCUAAUUUGGAGGCUCCAAAAGCUCCAAACCUUUGCACUUUAAUUAUUUAAAGAAAUAAAGACUUGAAAAAAAUUAAAGAAUUAAUCUAUUAAUAAUUAUUAUUUUUUGUUUCUUUUAAAUUAAAUUAAUAAUAAUAAAAUAGGCAAUUAAAUGAAAGUCUUUUAUUAAAAUUAUAUUUUUAUAAAAUUUAAAAUAAAAGUUUUUAAAAAUUAUAGAAGUGAUUUUAAUAUACCGAAUUUAUUUUAAUUGAAUCACUGUCUCUAAUAUAAACACCCCAAAUAGAGGGGUUAAAAAACCACAGGUGGUUCUUUAGAAUAAAUCCAGCAACUCUAAAAUAAAAAAUAAUCUAAUAAACAUUUUUUACAUUAUUAAUAUCCCCGUUUUAUAAUAAUUUUGUUUAACAUUCCGCCGUUCUCUAUUUCCUUCACAUCUACAACAAUACAUUUUUGUAUUUAUGAGAGAAGGUUGGCAUUCAUAAUUCUUUAAUUAUUUAUGAAAAUUUUAAAAUUUAUCUACAUGCCUGAGGGCAUUCAUCCUUUGUUGUCCCAUCACAUUCUAUAGACCUUCCAUCUACCUCAUCAAUUGCCACUAAAGACCCUUCUCCACAAAUUUUUAAAAUCUCUAUUUUAUCAUUCUGUUCAUUACUGUCAGAAUAAGAUCUUGAAGUAGAACGUCUAUGAACUACUGGAAAAGGAUGACAACAGACAUUUAACCCCACUCUGUUGGAAGGUGAACAAACAUAACUUGGUGGACAUUCAGAAACUUGUCCAAGAUUAGAACAAUAACGAAUAUAUUGGC